CCCCAAUCAUCGGGCUGAGAAGUCACGCUGCUGGAGCGAAAGGGGAAAGCUAUCCACUUACAAGGACACCCGAUAUCACUCGCAUGGCGCACGGGUAACCUGAUCAGCUUGGGCAGAAACGAGGCGGGGUGACGGACUAAAGGAAUCUGAGGUGAAGAAUAAAAACAAUGUCUAUUUCCUCUAGUGAAGUGACAGUGGCAGGCGACAUCAAAAAGGAAAAUGUGAAGUACACGGAAACUCUUGAGAGCUCCACGGACAGUCGGGAGCACGUCAAACUCCUGACUCUUGACACUCCGGUGGCCGCCGGGAUGCUCGUCGGGCAGCAGCAGCAGCAGACCUCUCCGCUGGAGCGCAAGAUGCCCACUAUGGACUCUUUGUCUGCGCACACUUCACCCGCAACUACCACGAGCUCUUUGGCUUUUUCACCGGAGCAAGUUGCGUGUGUUUGCGAAGCGCUUCAGCAGGGGGGCAACGUGGAUCGACUCGCCCGGUUCCUGUGGUCUCUCCCGCAGAGCGACUUAUUGCGCGGUAACGAGAGUAUCCUCCGCGCUCAGGCGCUGGUGGCCUUCCACCAGGCGCGCUACCAGGAGCUUUACAGCAUCUUGGAGAGCCACAGCUUCAGCCCCUCAAGCCACUCUUCCCUUCAGGACUUAUGGUACAAAGCCCGGUACACGGAGGCGGAGAAGGCCCGCGGUAGACCGCUGGGCGCAGUGGAUAAAUAUCGCCUGCGACGAAAGUUUCCCCUGCCCCGGACUAUCUGGGAUGGAGAGGAGACGGUGUACUGCUUCAAAGAGCGCUCCAGGAACGCGCUGAAGGAACUCUAUAAGCAGAACCGGUACCCGUCCCCGGCCGAGAAGAGGAAUCUGGCCAAGAUCACAGGACUGUCCCUAACGCAGGUUAGCAACUGGUUCAAAAAUAGGAGGCAAAGAGACAGAAACCCGUCAGAGGCGCAGUCCAAAAGUGAGUCAGAUGGAAAUCACAGUACGGAGGACGAGAGCAGUAAAGGUCAGGAGUCUUUGUCCCCGUGUCCGAUGUCGACCUGUUCUGAUGGGGCAGUGGGUAAUACAGUUGUGCCUCUCUGCUCUGGAGCUCUGGAGGCCGGGGUUAUUGUCCAGCAGGUUGGAGACAGCAGGAACUCAUCGUCCGUCAUCUUUAACGGAGUCUCGGUCAACACACCCACCUCUGUUUUUCACAACGGCACCCCUUCCUUUCUCUCCACCACAGGACAUGUACUCUUCAGUGGCAUGAACUUGGGACUCCAGUCCCUGGCCUGCAGGUCAGUGGUUGAUGUGGAGAUGGAUGGUGCAGGACAGGAUAAAAGGGUAACAGCAGACCCUGCCCUGGCGUACCCCUCAUUUCACUGCAGUGUGAAUGGGACAGACGUAGAGGUGAAAGCAGAGGAUGUUAGGCAGGAUGUGUCAGUUCAGGACCAGACCACGUCCAUUAACUCGGCGUUCACUGUCACCUCGUCCGAUGGCUUGCAGCUUGAAGGUUACAACUUGGUUUCUGAAGGCAACGGGCCCUCGCUGCUUAGCAACAAGAUUGUAUUUCCUCCCUUGCAGCUCCCAUCAUCUUCUUCACCCUCGUCAGUUACACAAGGCGUUGUUGAUAGCAGAUCUCCUGCUCAUUCCUCUCUGUGUCACCUCGGGGUGGAGGAGCAGGACAGGCUUCAGAUGACCUCUCUCGAGCCCAGCACGGCACUCUACGGCCUGGCCAACGCACACACACUAUCUGUUGUAAAGAAGGAACCUUUAGAGACUCCUGGUGGAUACCUUUACCAACUGGGUUACUCCCCCACCUCACUUAACACCAGCAUGACAACGAGCCAGCAAGACUACUCCACUCUCACAGUAAGCUCACCAUUACUCACCCAAACGGACCUUACCGGCCAGUUCAGAGGUCAUGAUGCCCAGAUGACCUCGAGCCUAAAUGGAGACUUCCUAUGUGCGGUUUCAGAGAGAGGGAAGGGAGAGAUUAGAGGAGGGGAGGAAGAAGAGGAAAAACAACUGACAAAACUAAAAACAGUCCAUAUAGAGGAAGAAAUGACUGAUCUUUGAACUUAAGAGGAGAAGGAGGUAAAAUACUUUUUACUGAAAUCACAACAUUAUUUUGGAUUGUUGGUUGAGUUUUUUAUGUUUUCAGCCUCUAAAUGUUUUGUUGUUUUUUAAUGUAAGUAUUAAAUUAUUUUGGUACGUCUGUCACUUGGUUUGACUCCAGUUUGGUUUGGAGAACCUAUGCAAAGUCAUAUCUAAAGAAUACAGUUUUUGAAAGUG